AAGACAACAAUGAUGGGAAAACAAAUAGUGGCAAGUGAAUAUCUCAGAACUUACUAUGAGUAGUUUGCAAACACAAAGGUGAAAAUUUCUUGAUGGUUCGACGUUUGUGGUACUUGUUUGUCAAAGAGUACCCCAUUGUACUAAACCCAACCCAUCUCUCUAGAAUAGCAACCAUUUCUCUCUUUCCCGACCCCCCUAUACUCUCUCUCUCUCUCUCUCUCUCUCUCUCUCUCUCUCUCUCUCAUGUCGUUAUAAGUAUCUGUCUCACACUCAUUGGGAAAUGAGAGUGGAAAUCGUUGAUUGAUCUACUGUCUUCACUCUGAUUAAACACGCAGAAAGAUCACAACUUUCUUUCUCUCUUUAUUGGGCUUUCAUAUAAAACUUACCUAAAGAAACAUAAUGUGCUCAUGACGGCUAGUACUCUUUCACCCUUUACGUAUGCCCUAAUGAAGAAUUCAUCAUCAGUUAGUAUUGACAAUUCCAUUUCUACUCAUCAAUCUGAUGAUUAUUUCACCUCAAAAUCUAGCACUUCACCCCCUUAUUCUCCUGGAUCAAUUCAGCCCUUACCCAACUCACAAAAACCCGAAACCCGAACCGUCAAAAGGAGCCGUGACUCGAGCACCAAACACCCCAUUUACCACGGUGUUCGGAUGAGAAGUUGGGGCAAAUGGGUGUCUGAAAUCCGCGAGCCAAGGAAGAAAUCGCGCAUAUGGCUCGGGACUUUCUCGACACCACAAAUGGCAGCCCGGGCACACGAUGUUGCCGCGGUUAGCAUAAAAGGGACCUCGGCCAUUCUUAAUUUCCCCGAACUCGCGGGGUCACUGCCCCGCCCUGUUUCGUGCUCUCCUAGAGACGUACAAGCGGCUGCGGCCAAAGCCGCAGCCAUGACAGAACUUGACUCUCUGUCAACUUGUACAGAAACAGCAUCGGAUGACCUUGAUGAGAUAAUUGAGCUUCCGGUUUUAGGAUCGAGUUUCAACUCGCUCGAGUUAAACAACGAGUUCGUUUAUUCGGACUCGGUUAUGGACGGGUGGUUGUAUCCACCUCCUUUGUUGAACAACGGUGGUGAUCAAGAAGAUAGGUUUGUUUCUGGGCAAGAACACUUGAUAUCUACUGCCUUUGAAUCUUUAUGGUGGAAUUAUUAAUGUCUUGAGUGUUUUUAUCUUUUUUGGUUUCUCACUUUUGCUUUCUACUGUUUUCACUUUGGCCCAUUUAUAUUUUUUCUUCCAAGGGUUACAUCUAUUGAUGCUUGUUUGGUGUUAUUUUUUGAGCACUCAGUGAAUACCUUUUGUUGAAUAUGUAUAUACCAAUAAAUCUUUAUGAUCAAUGCAAAAGUGAGUUCACAUAAGUUGACUAUAUGUGGGCAAGUGUUGUGGAUCUUGAAUCAUAGUUGACUAUUUGAGGCAAGUGUUGUGGAUCUUGAAUCAUUUCAGAAAAUACAUCAUGAAUUGCAUAAAGUACAAGCUUACCAUUCAUUCCAAGGUGGUUCUUAUUGGUUGAUCCUUGAAGCUCCACAUCAUUUGUCUGUAUUAUGAAACUCUACUGAAACCCUUUUUCUUGUUUUCUAUUAUCUUUUGUCUGUUGUUAAACUCAUAAUGGUAAUAAUUGAUAUUCGAAAUUUAUGUAUA